CAGUUGGACAAACCAGCAUCAGUUUUUGCUUGAAGACUAAUUCUGACACAAAUUUGAAGCUGUGUUUGAUCACUUGGGUGUUGUUUAUUUAUCAAUUUUGAGGUGAAAACACAAAGAGAUUACAUACAUAUAUCUAUAUAAUAGUUAGUCACCACAGAUGGGUACUCCAAGAGCAAGUGAACAACCUCGUGGAUCAAUUAAUGAUGCGGAAGAUGACGAUGAGAAGUUAAUGAGAGAUUGUCAUGUAAGCAGAAAAAGGAUUAGUGAACUACGAGAAAUCUUCCGAUUUAUUGACCGAGACAAUGAUGGUACAGUGAGCAGACAAGAGUUCAGUACAUUAAUACGUCUUGUCAGUUCCGAGUAUACAGAUAAUCAAAUCAAAUUAUUAAUGAAUAAAGCUGAUAUGAAUGGUGAUGGUGAAAUGGCUUUCGACGAGUUUGUUCGUCUUUUAUCAAAUGAAAGUGAUGUUCAAGAGGAAGUCUCAGCAACACGUGAAGCCUUUGAAGUAUUCGAUACAGAUAAUGAUGGUUACAUCACAGCAACUGAAUUACGUCAGGUGAUGAACAGAGUUGGGCAUAGCUGUACUGAUUCAGAUGUACAAGAAAUGCUGUCUGAAGCUGAUCAAGAUGGUGAUGGAAAAGUUACAUAUGAAGAAUUUGUAGCAAUGCUGAAAGAAAACUCAGGCGAAUAAAACGUCAUGUUCAUCGCGAAUGUCAUUCACCAUUACUUUUACUAUUACUAUUACUACCCGUACUAUUACAUUUUUUGUCUCCAAGUAUUUUUGUUUUUGUUGCUCCUUUUUUUGAAGAGUAAAUUUAUCUGUAGUUCAGUCGUAUACAUAUAAAAAAAUAACUCUUCUGUAUGAAUUCACACAUAUGCAUAUAAACUCAUUUCAGCUAAUAUCUGCACAUUUUAAAUUAAACUUGAUGAGAAUCUUUAAGAAGAAAGAAUAUGUGUAUGAAUUUAUUGUUUAACACAAGUGUGCUUUGUUCUCCCUUUUUUUUAAAAAAGUAGCUAUUUCGCAGUCAGUGUAUUUUAAGUCUUUGUUCACUGCAUUCCUGGAAGUGAAUUACUA